AUGCCAAUUAUUCCGCAACAGGGCAGAGUGGGGAUUGUUGGCGGCGGGAUCUCGGGGCUGACAUAUGCCUACUUCCUAGGCAAACUGCGGCCCGAUGUCAAGAUCGAUCUGUACGAGAAAUCCGCCAGAUGCGGUGGCUACAUCAGAUCGAAACGGCUUGGCACCACCGAAUACGAUUCCCGCGCCAACCAGGACUACACCAUUCUGGAAAAAGGUCCGCGUACCCUCCGCGGAGAAAGCCCGGGUGUCCUGCUGAUUCUGGACCUGCUCUUCAAAUGCAAUGCCCAGAACGAGCUCCUUGGCAUUUCAAAAAACUCUCUGGGUAAUAGAAAAUAUUUAUUGAGUCCAUACUCUGACACAGAGGGCCAUUCGGGAAAACUGAGCCCUGUGCCGUACUCGUUCGCUUCGUUUUUGCGGUUUCUGUUCGACCCGCUCGGCAAGGGUGUUCUGUUCGGCCUGCUAAAGGAGCCGUUUGUGAGGUCCAAAUCGACACCGGACGAGACGGUAGAGCAGUUUGUCUCGAGAAGGUUCAACAAAUCUGUGUCUGACAACGUUGUGAGCGCGAUUAUGCACGGAAUCUACGCCGGAGACGUGGCCAAGCUGAGUGCUGCGAGCGUGCUGUCGCGGCUGGUGGACAUUGAGCGCCAGCACGGGUCGAUCGUCCGCUACGGAGCGUCGCAGCUGCUCCAGAGUCUGAAAAAAAAGACACCCGAGCAGCUCGCGCCAGAGGUCGAACUGUACUCGAAGGUGUUCAAGCCGGCGUUCAACGUGCCCAAAACGGCCCGGUUUCUGCGCAAAUUCCCCGUGCUCACGAUGCGAGACGGCCUCGAGUCGCUCGUGACCGUGCUCCAGAAAAACCUGCCCGCAAACGUGGCGGUGCACACAAACACGGCGGUGCGAGGUGUGGCCAAGAAGGAGGACGGGCUGGAGCUGACGCUUUCGACGGGCGAGACAGUGCGUGUGGACCAUCUGCGGCUGACUGUGAACGGUCCAGCGACAGCCGCCGUGCUGCAGAACGCCGAGAUCGGCGCGCUGGUGGCCCCCCUGGAGUACACAACGGUGGUGCUGGCAAACGUGUAUUUGCCCGCUUUGAAGCUGCUGUCGCACCCCGGGUUCGGCUUUCUGGUGCCCAAGACGAUGCAGGACGAGACCCAGCUGCUGGGAGUAAUAUUCGACAGCGACAUUGAACAGAGCUCGAGACGGCUAUUUUUCUACAACGACGUGAGCACCGAGCUGACGAGCGAGUCUCCGAUCUCGGACGAGAAGCUGGCGAAGCUGGCAAAGGCGGUGGCCAACAGGGGCGCGGUGAUUACAAACUCGUACACGAAGCUGACGCUGAUGUUGGGCGGCCACCAGCUCAAGAAGGGCGAGGACCUGCCGACGCGGUCGAGAGUGCACAAGAUUGUGCGCGACGUGCUGCUGAGCAAGCUGCACAUCGACCUGGACAAGUGCAACGGGACGGAGGUGAUCGAGAUUGAGUAUUGGACAGACGCGAUUCCACAGUACCGUGUGGGCCACGAGGAGCUGAAGAAGAAAGUGGCCGAAGCGACGCGGCAAGUUUUCGGAGACAAGGUGACGCUGGGUGGAACGACGUUUGGCGAUGGCGUGGGGGUUCCGGACUGCGUGGUGCAGUCGUUCACGGACGCGUACGGCGUGACGGUCGAUUCGGAGUUUGGCCACGACGCUCAACAAAACGGGGUUUCCAACGAAAAUCCGAACCCCCAGUCGAAAAAUUAUGCCACAUAUAGAUAG